CGUCCGGACAACCUUUGCCCCUUCAUCAAUGUCUCUAAACUCCUCAUUCUUUCUUUUCUUCAUCUACCUCUUUUUCAACAUUUUUUUAUCUGUUUCCUUCACUGUAUCCAAUCCAGACCCAGAAAAUGUUCAACCACUUCCUAUAACAACAUCACCUCCGGCAACAAUCCCUGCAUUUCCAGAACAAUCAAAUGUUGUUGGUUGUCCACUAGACCUACCUGAAGAACUGUUUCACGACAUAAAAAGUGCAUGUGGCACUAAGAAAAAUAAUGGGGUCAGAGGGCAGCUCCACCACAGCCGCUGCUGCCCUGUACUUGCGGCAUGGCUUUAUGCCGCCUACUCUGCCACUGCCCUUGGCAGGGCUGGCAGAGUAGCACCAGCAGUGGCAGGACAUACCCCAUCUUAUGACAUGCCACUGCUACCAGAUGACUCGGAAACAUGUGUUGAUGAUUUAGGAAAAGCUUUGAGACAGAAUGGGAUAGAGUUGGCUAAACCAAAUGAGACAUGUGAUGUGGUAUAUUGCUACUGUGGCAUCAGGCUACACCCAUUGAGUUGCCCUGAGGCAUUCUCAGUGAACAAAGAGGGGAACCUUGUUGGGGAUGAGAAUGUGGAGAGAUUGGAAAGAAAUUGCUUAAGUAGCAGCACUAAUGUUAAUGGAUUUCCUGGUCUUGGAGGAUGCAACAAGUGCUUGAAAAGUCUGCAUUUGCUCAACAAGAAGAAUACUUGGAAUUCAAGCAACUCAGAGGAGAGGACCACCAAAAUGCGCAACAAAGAUUGCCAGCUGAUGGGUCUCACAUGGCUUCUCGCAAAGAAUCGAACUGCUUACGUUCGAACAGUUUCUGCAGUUUUACGAGCGAUUAUGACGAGCAAAGAUGGUUCCAACCCUUCAUCCUGCACUCUAAACAGCGAUGGAAUGCCACUAGCUGUUGAUUCUUCUGAAAUAUCUGAUCAGUCCUCAUCGGUUACCCUCAAUCUAUCCCAACUUUUAUCACUUUACUUUUUGCUCAUCCACCUGCUUGUAUUAUCAUACAAGUUUAAUUAAAGGCAUUAACAUGGCUUGUUGACAUUGUUAAAUUCUUUCUUCUUUCUGGUAGUUUGCGUAUUGUUAGAACUGUGAUUAUUAUGGGCUUUUCCAUGAAUAGCGGGUCCAAAAUUUGUGCAAGUAUUUAAUGUGGGCCUUCUUACCAUGUGCCUGACUCAGCGCUGCCUUGUCUUGAAAGGACAAGUUUUGGGCAAAAAUGAUCAUCAAUUUGGUGGCAUUGUUUGCGGGAAAUUCUAAUGGACAGUAAUGUUAUUCACGAGAAAUACGUGAAUUGUCAACAUCUCCCGACAGAAAAAGCUGUUGAAGAUGUGGAUGCCAUGCCAAGCUGGGUUUCUUAAAUUUCAUUUUCCCCAUUCCAAAAGAAUACAAAAUCAUCAUUCUCUCACGGUUAUUAUCUUUUUAUAACCAAGCUUUGGUCUCGCAUUAUGUUUUAAUUAUGUUGUUACUCAAUUUUAAGUGAAUGUCAAGGGGUUCCAAAUUCCAAAUCCA